AUGUUUGGUCUUAGCGCCCACAACCUGCUGCGCAUCCAUUUGUGUGGCCUGCGACUGUUUAAUGAGCCUGAUGCAGACGUUAAAUUACAGGAUCUCACUUUUACGCGUUUGUAUUCCUACGACGUCGUCCUUGACCGCCUUGAGAAGAGCCUUUGCUGUGGUCUCGUCAAUAGUGGCGACGUACUUGUUAACCUAGGCCUCAACAUCUUCCUCGUCUCCAAUGAGCUUAGUAGCAGUGGGCUCAUCAAUGACAAUCUUGUCCGAAUCCACGUUGGAGUAGAUAGACGUAUCAAUGUCGUGGGUCCAAGAGCCCAUGGUCUUGAGCUCGCUGAUCACGUAGGUCUUGUCAAUGCCUGUCUCAGCCAAAUCUAG